AUGUCGAUGUUCCGCGCCAAGAAGCUCGAUUUGGGCUGUUUCGUCAACAUCCGGACGAUUCGUGACCACACGAAACGCCAGGUCUUCAUGGAGAACGAGCCCGAGAGACAAGCUCUCCGAUACAUCAUUCGAAACACGACGCUACCUCCCCGUGUGCGCGCCGAGGCGCAGCUUCAGCUGGGCCAAAUGCACUGCUACACCCGCCCGACGCAGAUCCGCAACCGCUGCAUCUUGGGCGGCAAGGCCAGGGGUGUUUUCCGUGAAUUCAAGAUGACGAGGUUCAACUUCCGUAUGCAAGCGUACGAGGGCAACCUGCCCGGUGUCAAGAGGGCCAGUUGGUAA